GCCGCGCUGGCUGGCAUGCCGGUGCCAGCAUGUCGUUGUCGCCCCGGGCCCCACGCUGCGGGCUCGCUUGCACCAGAUGUCUGGUUACACACCCAAAUUCUGUGAUGUGUUUGCUGGCCUCCUGCAGCUGGCGGUUGGCCAGUCUGGCCUCUUACUUGAGCACGCUGUUCCACUGCAGAGUUCGCGGCAUUCUGCCGUCGCAGCCGCUGGGCGGCAGCCUCGAUUGUCAAAAUUCCAGCCGCAGAUCGCCGAGUUUAAGUGCCAGGCCACGGUCCGUGAGUUCCCGUGGCCCCUUCCUUCGGAUAAUAAAGGCAAUCUCACAUGUGCCGUAGGGUCCAUCCCUCCUGGCUCCCGCCUUCUUCGCGUUGUGUGUGAUCGGGGGGUCGUCGGUGCGAAACAGGUCGGAAGCCUGUCAGGUGUGCCUUCAGCAGUUACCUUUGGCAUUUACCGCACGGAACAAGAGUUUGUGGCUCAGGCAUUGCAUAUCGAUCAUCCCUUCGACUUGUGCGUGGCAGUCCCAGACUUCAUGUUGAGAGCGUUGGCUUUUACCUUGAAAGAGGGCCCGGUUUGUGUGAUGAAACACCGUCUGAAUUUGCUCCAGCAGUGGACUUCUUGGAAACGCGAUUUGGCUGGUGCCGAAGCAAAUCUGCAUGCUGCCAUGGAUCCUGGUGUAGCUUCUGUUAUGAAGGGCAAGAACAUUUUGCUUUUGGAGAAGAUUGCAUCGUCUUUCAGUUGGCCUGACACUGAAGUCUUCGAACACCUCAAGCAUGGGUUUCCUUUAGUGGGGGAGUCGAGUCCUUCUGGCAUCUUCGAUGUGGAUAGAAAACCGGCUCUGAUGACAAGGGCAGAGCUUGUGCAGCAUGCCAAAUUCCUUAGGCCUGCGCUGUGGGCGAAGGUGGCGAACGCGGAGGUGGAUGAUUUAGCUCGGGAAGUGUGGGACUCCACACAGCAAGAGAUGCUAGCCAAGGAGUGGCUAACCGGGCCUUACUCGUGGGACGAGCUGCAAGCCCGUCAUCCAGAAGGCUGGCUUCCAGUGCGGAGGUUCGGCAUUGUGCAAAAAGCCAAGACGCGGUCGAUAGACGAUUUGGCCGAGAACUCUGUAAACUGCGCUUAUGCUGUUUCCGAUCGGAUUUCUUUGAGGGCCCUUGAUGAAUUGGUCUGGCUUGCGAUCACCCUCUUUAAGAUCUUCAUUGCAAAAGGCGAGGUGAGCAUCCCUUUGUCGGACGGUGACCAUCUUCGCUUUCCGGUGCAUUCUUUCUGGAGGGCCCUGAAACCCGAUGCGCUUCAGCCGAGCUUGAAAACAGUGGACUUGAAGAGUGCUUAUAAACAGUUGGCGGUUUCUCCACGAGACCGCUGUCUGAGCAUAGUGGCCAUCAAGGACCCGGUUUCGAGGCUUGCGUUUGGCUUCGAGAGCCGAACCCUUCUGUUUGGGGCCACCUCGUCGGUGGUCUCAUUCAAUCGCGUUGCAAGAUUGCUCCAGAGGGUUCUGAUUGCGUUGCAGGUGCUCGCCUGCAACUACUUCGACGAUUACCCGGUUUUAGAGGUCUUGCCGCUUUGUAACAACACGCAGUCGACUGUCAGAGCCGCGUUGGACCUGCUGGGUUUCGCCUGGGCAGAAGAUAAGGAUCUUCCCUUCAGCCAUGAGGCCGAACUUCUAGGCGUUCGGGUUGACCUUGGUAGCUUUGGGGUUGUUAAGAUUGGGAAUAAGCCCGAACGUGCUACUGCCAUCGCUGAGGCGGUGGACUCCGUAUUGAGUGCGGGCCAUCUUGAUCCGAAGACUCUGCCGUCUUUGUUCGGUCGCCUCCAGUUUGCCGAGGGUCAGCUGCACGGGCGAUUGGGCAGAUUGGCACUGGCCGACCUUAGGGCGUGCACGAUGAGUUCUCAGGCCAAAGCCCUUGAUGCCACGGCUGUGCAGGCCCUUUGUAAUCUUAGGUCCCGGGUUCUUGGGGGUACCCCUAGGAUAGUCCCGGCCUGUGUGGGGUCUCGCCGUUCUGUGAUUUUCACAGAUGGAGCGUACGAGCCGACGAAUGAAACUCACCCCGCCACUGUCGGAGGAGUCUUGUACCAUUUCGACAACGGCGCGUGGUGUACUUUCUUCUUUGCAUGUGCUAUCCCUUUGAGCGUUGUACAGAGCUGGGAGGCUCUCGGGAAAAGGCAUUUGAUAGGCCCAGUUGAGAUGUAUGCAGUGGUAUGUGCGAGAGAAGCGUGGGCGAAGCACUUGAACAUGCAAAGGGUGACCAUGUAUGUGGAUCACUCCGGAGUGUUGGCCUCUUUGGUGAAAGGCUCUUCAAAAGACCCUUUGUGGAGGCAACUCUUGCUGAUCUUUGAGAGCUGCGACGCUGAAGCGAUGCUCCCUUGGUUUAGCCGCGUUCCAAGUGCAAGUAACCCGGCCGAUCCUCCUUCGAGAGCUAAGUCAAUCUUUCCAGUCAGGGGGCAGGUGUGCAGAGUGUCGCCUCGAUGCCCGAUCAAAGGCAAUGCCACGAUUGAUCUCCUUCUUAAGUGA